AUGGAACAUGUCACCUGUUUAGCUCACGGAUUACACAGGGUUGCAGAAGAAUGUCCUGCCCGUAUUCAAUUUUUUCGAGAAAAGGCACCGAAUAUUUCUUUACCGCCACAGCCUGUAUUAACUAGAUGGGGGACAAGGUUAAGUGCCGCAAAUUAUUAUUGUGAACACUUCGAAACUUUAAAAGAAAUAAUACUUGGUUUAAAUAGAGAAGACGCUACAUCGAUUGAGAAAGCUCAAGAUCUCAUGGACGAUUGUGAUUUGAAAAAAACAUUUGGGCUUAGUCUUCACCACUCGAUAAAAAUUGUACAAGAUGUAGAAAAUAAAAUUCAACAAGCAGGAAAUAGAGUAGGAAAAGAUAUUAAAAAUAAAUUAAAAUCUGUUUUGGAUAAAAAUACUGGCUUUAAAACAAUGACGACAAUUUCAAAAAUUUUGAAUGGUGAAAAAGUGUCGAACCAAAACUUUCCAGACGACCUCAAUAAUUCCGAUAUUGCUCAUUUUCAAUUUGCAUCAAUUACAUCAGUAGAUGUAGAAAGAAGUUUCUCAAAGUAUAAGAAUUUACUUUCGGACAAUCGCAGAUCAUUUACUAUAGAAAAUAUCAAACAUACACUUAUUGUUCAAUUAUUUAAGUUUUGUAGUGUUACUUUCGUAGCUUUUGACAACAUGUGUAACAUGUAUUAUAUGAACAUAGUUGCUGGUUGUGAUAAAGCCUCUAGUAUUUUUACUUUUAGUCAUUUUAGUAUUGAUGAAGAUGACAUUGAAAAUUUACGUCUGACUAUUCUUAUGUCUAUUAAGAGAAAAUUCAAUGUACAAAGUAAUACUUUAACCAAUAUAACUAUUUGGAAAAUUUGUCAGAGAAAAUUCGCCAAUACUUCACCGAGGACUGCUGCUUUCCUUGAUGAUGGUGAUGCCUUAUCUCUAGGGGGAAACGAUGAAGAUGUGGACGAACUUAACAAAUUAAUAGAUAUUAUGGAAGUUGAAGUUAAUGAUGAAGAUAUUGAAACAUCAAAAAAAGUUAAUAAAAGUAUAAAACUAAACAAUAAAAAUACGAAUGAAAAAAGUACGGAGAUGAAAAUAAAAAAUAAAUUAACUGUGAAAGUUGAUGAAUUAAAUAUUAUAAAUCAAUCAAAGGUUGUUAACAAUUUAACAUCUUUAAUUAAUCCACCCGAAGAAAUAGAAUCAAUUAAAACUUUAGAGGAAAUAAGAAACUCUCCAGCACAAUACAUUCUAUUAAAUCCUCGUGUUCCCUUAAAAUCACCAUCACCAUGUAAUAGAGAGAAGUCAAUAUCUCUUUACAGUAAACUUAGAAAAAAAUCAUCAUCAAGAUCGCCUAGAAGAUUAUCAAUUUUAAGAGAAAAAAAUCUUUUUUCGAGGAGAUACUCUCUUCUAAAGUCGCGAUAUCCUUAUCGUUCACCAUAUCUAAGGAGAAGUCACAGUUCUUUAUCACGAGAUAUUUCGCCAAAAAUAAGACGACUGUCUCCAUUAAAGAAAAGAAGUAGGUCUCCUCUUAAGAUUAAAUCUAAGUCGAGGUCACCUAAAAUUAGAACUGCUAUUAGAAGAUCACCUAGUCCAUUAAAGAGAGUAAUUAUUUCAAGACCUGUAUCUCCUAAUGUUCGCCGCAAAGAUAAUAAUAUCUUAGAUGAUGAAUAUUUGAAGAAAAAGGAAAAAAUAAAAACCGUAGAUGAUCAAAUAGAAUCUAGGUCAAUAGAUCCUGUUUUAGAAGCAAGAAAAAGAAAAUUUGAGUCCAACAAGUUGGUUGAACCCUCAAACAAAAAAAUUAUUUUAAGGAAAACUAAUUCAGUUCAAAUAGCAAUUCAGACUGGAAAUAAAGAAAUGAAAAAUAAAAAGAAUGAACCUGAAGUGAAACCAAAAAUAAUGCAAUUAACAAAAAAAUCAAAUAAAAUUCCACAAACCUUUCCAAUUUCUAAAACCAUAAGCAAUGAGAUGAAAAAGGAUUUGGAAGUAAUACAAUUACAAAGAACUGUUAAAUUAAAUAAUUCUCCAGAGAAAAUAAAACAGAAAAAAAAGACAAAGAAUUUUGUGUUUGGACAUGAUGAUACUAAUCAUUUGUUCAUUGUCAGUAGCAAACAUUUAAUCAUGUGA